AUGACGGUCGGCAUCUUCCCCGCGGCAGGCGGCCUGGGAACCAGCAUCAUCAACCACCUCGUGAAACGCAUCCCCGCCGACCAACUCAUCCUCAUCGCUCGCAAACCCGACUCCCUAGCUCACCUGAGUCGUCUCGGUGCCCCAGUUCGACGCGCAGACUAUGAAGACCCCUCGUCGCUGGAGCGCGUGUUUGAUGGGGUGGACGUGUUGAUGUUGAUUUCGUAUGCGUCGUUUGAGAUUCAGUAUCGCGUGGAGGUCCAUCGCAACGCCAUCGACUGCGCGCGUCGCAGCGGCGUCAAGCAUAUCUUCUACUCGUCGCUCGCGUUUGCGGGCGAUCUCACCGACUCGAGCGUGGCGCACGUGAUGGGCGCCCAUCUACGAACGGAGCAAUACCUGGCCGAUCUACAAGCGCAGAGCCACAUUACCUACACAGCGAUUCGCGAAGGUCUUUACUCGGAGUCGUUCCCGAUCUACACCGCCUGGUUUGAUCUGGCGCAUCCCGUGGAUGAAAUUACGAUCCCGCACGCUGGUUCCCCGCCGGGGGUCACGUGGGCCAAACGCGACGAACUCGGCGAAGCCACCGCCAACUUGAUCGCCUCGUACGUGCAGGACCCGCGGUCCUUCCCGUAUGUGAAUCGGCGGUUGUUGCUCUCGGGACCGCGCGAAUAUUCGCUGCAGGAGACCGUGGAGAUCCUGGGUCGUGCCGUCGGGCGGACGGUUCGGAUUCGCGAAAUCUCGCCGGACGAGUAUGCGGCAUUGUCCACGCAUGGCACGAAGCAUACCUAUCAUGGGAUUAACCUGGCCAGGGAGUGGGCCACGGCGUGGGAUGCGAUCCGGCGCGGCGAGACGGCGGUGGUGACGCCGCUCUUGAGGGAGAUCUUGGGGCGCGAGCCCGAGGACUACGAGACGACGAUUCGGGGAUUAGCCCGGGAGGUGAGAACGCAGGAAGCAAGUUAA